UAUUAAUCAGUAUUGAAAUGCGGCGUGCACCGAUCAGACGCAUUUGAAGGUUAGUUCUCGUGUUCGGUUUUUGGUGAAAAGUUUGCCUCGUUACUUUUAUCAAUCGGAUAACAAUUUAUAAAUUCAGGUCUGGCAGCUAAUAAAAUAAAAUUUAAAAAUGGACUCGGAAGAACAGAAGGACAUCGAAAUUAUCAAAACAUGGCUCACUACUCAACCUCAUCUUCCAGAAGUUAGCGACAUCGACGUGCUCCGAUUCCUGCACUCCAACUAUUACGAUGUGGAGGAAACCAAGGUGACCAUCGAGAACUUUUACACGAUGCGAACGCGCUUCCGGGACCUGUUUAGGAAUCCGGACCUGCUCUGCGACGAGCUGCAGAACGCGAUGGCCAUCGCGGACUUUACUCCCCUGCCGCAGGCCACCCCCGAGGGCUACAAGGUGGUCAUAUUCCGGCUGGCAGACACCGAUCCGAGCCACUUUUCCCAGAAGAACCUGCUGAGAUUUUUCUCAAUCUGCAUGCAGCAAUUUCUCAAGGAGGACGGAAUGGCCAAGGGUCACGUCACCAUCAACGACAUGACCGGGUUCAGUUUGGGUCACAUGAAACGGUUGUCUCUGUUUCCCACGAAGAACUACAUGACCUUUAUCCAGGAGGCGGCACCGAUUCGUCUCAAAGGGAUGCACAUGGUCAACAUUGUGCCGUUUGUGGACAAGGUUAUGACCCUGGUGAAACCCCUCAUGAAACGAGAGCUGUACGAAAUGGUCCACCUGCAUCAGCACAAGGAAUCGCUGUUUCCGUUCGUACCGCAGGAAUGCCUGCCGGCAGAGUACGGAGGGAAGGCUGGGACGUUCAAGGAGUUGAGAGAUAACUUCUACGCAAAGCUACUAGCAAAUCGAGAGAAUUACAUUCGUUACGAACUGGAAAAUCGUGUGGAUGAUAGUAAACGUCCCGCUCAACGAGGGUGGUUCAGUAUGUUCCGAAGAUAGGACAACUUAUUAAAUUAUUGGACUUUUGGCGGUAAAUUUGGAAGGAAAAAAAUGGCAAUUUAAAUCUAUUCUGGUAUUUUACAAUAAAACGAUACGAGCAGGGUUCACUGAAAAAAUUUGACCCCCUUCGAUUACA